UUAAUAUUGGGAAGGUACUUUAAUUUUAUUCAAUAUUGUGGCUUGUAAUUAUACAUAUGAAAUUCGUUAUAACUAUAUUAAUGUGAAUGGACUGGUAAAUUAUGCAAAUUUGAGAAAAGUGUAUCAUUAAAAAUGAUGGAAAUAGUAUUGGCUGACAUCUAACAUAGGAUCGAUUGAAAUAAUUGCAAAAUGCAGCUACGAAUUUUUACUUUAUUAUUUAUCUCUAUAAAUCAUGGAGUGUAUUCAACGCACAUUAAAGGAGAUUUUUCUACUGAUGAAUUCUUCAAGUUUUUAGUGAAGUUUGGAUUUCAGAAGACCGAGAUACAUAAUCAGAAGGAAACAUAUGGUUAUAUAUUUGGAAACAUAACAUCUAGGAAUCAUUUUAAGUAUCCUAUUACAUUUGCCGUUUUAGAUAGAAAGCAUUUCAUUCAUUAUUAUAAUAGUCGUGAUAUUAUUGACAAGGAAACAGCAUGUCAAACUAUGUUUCAAAAUUUAAAUGCAUCAGCUUAUCAUCCAAAGUGCAAUGCCUAUGGGCAGGACUUGUUUCGAAGGAUACCCUGUCAAAAAAAUAAGCUCUGUGUUGAUGAGGACAUGCCAUGGAAUGUAAUAAAAUAUAACCAAUUUACAUAUGUCAUUCAAAAUAGUGGACAACCAAGGUUUUGGUAUGUCUCAAUGGUAUCAUGUUACCUGGAUGAAGAGAGUUGUUCCUGGCAUCACUAUUCAGGGGCACCAACAGCAGACAACAAAACACUAACAGAGAUACCGCAAUUAAUACAAUACGACUUUUGGCUUGUUAAUGGAAGUCCAAAUCUGUCUUUGUAUAACUCUAUGCUAUACCAAUUUUCUUUUGAUAGAAAGAACACUUUGGAAUUGUACCUACUUUUCUGGUUGUGCUAUAUUAUAUUGGUGCCAGUGCAGAUAUAUGCUGUUAGAAUUCAGAGGCACCCAGUAACUAAGCUGUUCACAUCAAGUUUGAUGUUAGAGUUUAUCGCCCUUUGCUUCAAUGUGCUUCAUACCAUGAAAUUUGCUGCUGAUGGUGUUGGAUUCCCCGGUUUGGCGGUAGCUGGUGAUAUAUUUGAUAUUAUGAGUAGGACACUUUUUAUGCUCCUAUUACUUCUAUUGGCAAAAGGCUGGGCUGUGACAAGACUUGAACUAACACAUAAACCAUUAGUUUUUGGAGUUUGGAUGGUGUAUGGAAUUGUUCAUGUUCUUCUCUAUGUUUGGAAUACGACGGAAGUGGAUAUAGUAGAAGAAAUCGAUGAAUACCAAACGUGGCCUGGUUGGCUCGUGCUAACAUUGCGAGUUGCGAUCAUGAUAUGGUUCGUGUUGGAACUACGUAAUACAAUGAUGUAUGAACACAAUAUGCCGAAACUGAAUUUUCUUUUGCACUUCGGCGCUUCGAGCCUUGUUUGGUUCGUUUAUUUGCCCAUAAUAGCGCUUAUUGCUCUGCAAAUAAGCCCUUUGUGGCGAUUCAAGUUUAUAUUAGGUAUAACAUAUUCAGCUGAUUGCCUGGCGUUUUGCGUGAUGGCACACCUUCUAUGGCCGACACGGUCAGAGCAGUACUUAUUAUUGGCGCCUCCUGAUUAUACGGCGGGCAUCGAAGAAUUGGACGAGUUCAGUGAAUCACCUCACGUAGUACAUAGCGAUACGGUAGCAUUAACAGCUGCCGAAAGCAUCAACGCUGAUGAUGAAGAGGUUAUAUUCACGCGCCCGCACAAAAAUGGCGUCGCGUUCUCAUAGCAACGUCCUGAGAUGGUACGUUAAUUACGCCGUCAAGGUGACUGCCGGUUUUAACCGCGGUUUUUUGGUCAAAACAAAUGCAGUCGUCAUUGAAUGGCCGUUAAGAUCGUUCCGAUACCAAUGUGCCAAAAUAAACUUUUAGCACUGUAAAGGCAUUUGCGGUUUUUCCCACGACGAAUUAGACAAUAAUCCAGUCUUGAGUUAACAUCGGAGUCUUAUUUGCUGUUUUGCAAUUAACCGCGCGGAAAAACCGUACUAUAACGUAACAGACAUUCCUAGAAAAUAAUUUAUUUUUCCACAGAAUUAUGGAAAAUUGUUGAAAUUGUUUGUAUGAAAUUUUAUUUCUAUUUUAACAAACGGACCAUACUUAAAAAGGUUUCGAAGCUUUCGUAUAUUUAAGAAAAUAGUCUUUAGUUAAAACUCUUAUUAGCUGAUAGCAUAUAUAAUUAUAUAUAUAUAUAUAUAUGUACACCACUCAUAAUUUAUAACCCCCAGGUACUGUAUCUAAAGUAUAUAUAAAGCGUGGACUAUAUAUUAGUUUUAUUUAAAUAAUACUUCAAUCGUAUAUAAACUUUUCAAGAAUAGUUAAUAAUUAUCAAGGAACUGCCACAUCAAGGUCCUUCGCAGUUCUUCAUUUUCGUUUACUGUAGAAAAAAUAUACAACAAACAGUAUGUUUAGUGCAUUUUUUAUAACGGGCGUUCAAAGAGAAACGACCCGGACCAAUUGAUUUUGGAUAUAGAACCUGUUUAGUACUACUGCAGCUUUCGUUGAUCAAAUCGGUUGAUACUAGUCAAUUUGUUAUAGGUGAAAAAAUGUUUCGAGGAAGUCACAGCCUUAUAGAAAAGUAAUUUAAAAUCGACAUCGUAGAAUAAAAUACUGAACUGCGUAAUUAAUUUCGGCGUGAGAAAAAUCCUGCCAUUUUACUAUUCCGAAUAUGUUAGCUCACGUGCCCAUUUAAAUAAAAUUUGAUGGUUUUUGCCCAUCCCUAAAAUGAAAUGUUUUCUUCGGCUAUUUUUUUGAUAUCUCUUACACUGUGUAAGUUUUCAUUAGUCCUGAUGCGUAGUAUAAGUAUUACAUGUCUUUAAAGAAACAUGAGCAAUUAUAAUAGUGAUUUUAAUAAAUUUUUAAAUGAGGUUUUCCUCGGAUAUUGAACAAUGUAAGUAAUUUAUUUGAAAGCUUUGCUCGCUUAUGUUUUUAUAAUUUGCUUUAAUUUAUUUUGUAGUUAUAAUCGUGCCAACGUUUUAGUAAAAUCAGUUUAUUAACAUCACAUUUUAAAUAUGCUUAUUAGAUGUUUUUUUAUUGUCUAUGGUACUCUAGGGUUAAUUUUUGAACUAUUUGUGUCUAUUUUCGAAUAUUUGUAAAUACGAAGUUAAUUGGUACGUUUAUCCUCUUAUUAAGUCAGUAUUUCUGUCAAGAGUACUUCAGUUAAAAUAAAUAAGACUGAUUUAUAAAUUCGAUAUUAAAAAUAUUACUUGAAUCGAAUUUUAUGAUCUGUCAUUCAUUUCUCUAUGAAAUUUAGAUUUUAGACAGCGUUCAAAUAUCGGCUUUGUCGGAAAUUAAAAAAAUAAAUAAUCAAAUCUUGUUUUGUUUUACUUUAAUGUUAAAAUUUAACAAAUGCUUUAUAUAACACUGCCACAGCAGCUUUUGUUAUAGUCUGUGUUAAGAAUUGAAGUAUUCAUCUAAUACAUAUUAAUAGGAAACAUUGUUGUUAUUACACAAAAUAAACGGGGUUCAAUGUAACUGUUACUGUUAAUAUCGAAAACUUGAAGCCUUACAAAACUUAUUAAUAAAACAAAAAAAUCUUUGAUUUCAUACUAAAUCUGUCGAAGAUACACAGCUAAAACAUAGACUAAAUAUAGAACUGUUUUUCUUACGUGAUAACAACUUUUUUAUCCAAAAACAAUGCUCUAAAUUUUGUUGUUGAAGUUUAUCACUUAACUGUCAAUAGCCAACAACAGGUUACAGGCAACAUAUUGCAUAUUACUGUAAUACUUUUUCCGGCCCUUCUCAACAGAACUUACUUAUUUUAUUUGACUACACCCCGGACUAAAACAACGUCGAUAACUGAAAAAAUCGGAUUCCGUAAAACGUUAUACAAUCUAAAUGUCAAAUGUCUCCUUAAAACACACUAAUGUCAGUUUAGGGUUUCACCACUUAAAAGUUUAAAUGAACUAAUUAUUUUUAAAUGCAGCUAUGUUAUAUUAUAUUAUCUAUUAUACUUUUAUAUAUGUUAGUAUUGUAAAGUACAAGAGGAUCUCUUUAUACUCUCUUUAGCCUCUUGGAGAGCCAAGUCGAAAUCGUAAAUGGUCAGCCAUUUGAUGAGUGUUAGUUCAAUGUUAAACAUCUCUUAAUCUUAAAGACUCAAUUUUUUAGUUGACCGUUACAGUAUAGUAAUAGUUAAAUUAUUAAUUCAGAUACAAAUUUUAGAUACAGAUAUCAUAACACUAGCCAUGAGUCAAACCGCAGUACAUAUGAAAAGACUACAUACAAUAUUAAUAAUCGUACUUAUAAGCUGUUGAAAAGUGUCAACAUUCCAUUGGCAAUACUGACAUAACAAAGAAAAAAACUGGACCAAGUUUGAUUAUGUGAGUAAAAUUAAAGGUAAAUUAAUUAAAUCUGCCAAUGAACUAAUGGAAAUGUAUACAUAUAAUUUUACACUUUUACGUCACAAUUCACAUUAAAACGCCAAGCUAAAUCGCAACAAUAAAAAUCUUUGUCAUGCUUAGUAUUGCCAUUAUAGAAAUAUAUAAAUUAAUUUUGACACUUCAACAAACACAUGUAUUGUAUAUGUCGCAGCCAACUAGUUUAAUUAGCCGUUCAAUUAGCCGUUUAACUAGCGGCCUGAAAGAUGGUCAGCCAGUUGAUCGAACUACUAGGCAAAUGACUUGGAUCGAUGACGUUUCAUCACAUACCUAGCUUGUUAGUUUAAAUUUAAUUCCACUUUCUGCCACUCUCAAACUCGAAACGAAAGUCUUCUAACUGUCAAUAUGGCGUCGGCAGA